AUGAGACGUGCAAUUGAUGGAUUGACUCUACUCUAUGUUCUGAUGCUGAAUGGCUUUAUUGUGGCUUGUUGUACGGCUGAACUGCGCAAAUUGGACACUCCGCUUGGUACUCUCAUUGGUUAUAGGGCUAAUUUUGAAAUUGACGUAUCGUCGCUUAAUUUAGGCUGGGAUCGAUGGAAACUUUACUAUGGUGAGGCUGAUGUGUUCCUCGGUGUGCCCUAUGCAAAACCUCCCGUAGGAGACCUCAGAUUCAAGAGACCAGUCGCCCUCGACAGAUUCACCGCAGACGGUCGCCCCUACGACGCUACCUAUCAGCACCCGAUGUGCCCACAACUAAGCUCCACACCGAACGCCACCAUGAGUGAAGACUGCCUC